GAGCUAUAUGUGUGAAAGUAAAGAUGCCAUCAUCAUCCUCUGAAGAAGAGUAUUCCCACCCUCCCUCAUUACUAUAAAACACUCCGAUCAUCUGUCAGAAGGCACAGUCACCAUCUGACCAGUCAACACAAGCAUCAUGAACAGAUUUUCCGUGGCCCUAGCUUUCGCCCUGACGGCUGUAGUAGUAGCUGAGCCCCCAUCCGGGUACAGUUACAACAGGCCAUCCGGUGGCGGUGGAUUCGGGGGUGGUCUAGGAGGCGGUCUCAGCGGAGGCGGUGGCUACACUGCCGUAUCCUCCGGAUACCAAACUAGUGAAGGAGCCUCAGUAGACCCAGCUUUGUUGGAACAAGUUAGACAAAUCCUCCUCAAGGAAGAACAGAACUCCCAGUCUGUUGGAGGUGGCAUCGGAGGUGGUAGCGGAGGUGGAAUCAGCAGCUCUUACGGAGCCCCAUCCCAGCAAUACGGAGUACCUUCCUCUUCAUACGGUGUCCCAAGCUACAAUACCAGAGUAGUAGGCAUCGAUCUUGAGGGUAUCAAACAAGCCAUCCAGGUAGCUCAAUACAACCAAAUCUCUCAAGCUCCUGGCUUCUCAGGAUACCCAAGUGGACCAUCAAGACCAUCCGGUUCCUAUGGAGCCCCCUACUAAGCUCUAGGAGCUACAGAACUGAAGUCAGUUAAGAAUAACAUCUUCAUCCAUUACACGGGUCAUGAUGCAUGAAAUGAUGCAUUCCAAUCAUUUUAUUUUUGUAUAAAGCUUUUCGUAGGUUAUGUUUUGUAAAAAAAAUACAUUUGUCACCGUA